GAUUUGCUGUCGCAUAAUGAUUACGUAGGAGGAAAUAGCUGACUUGGACUCUUAACGUCUUUGCGUUCUUAAAUUAUAAACUAGGUAGCUAAAUGUUUAUUUGAAGUUAAAAUGAAAGCAACAUACAAAACCUAUUUCGUAUAUUAUGUGUUGAUAUCGAGUGGUUUUGUGAACGCGUUCGAACCAAUCUCAACCACAAUUGUGGUCGGUGCGGGAGUAACGUUAGGCCUAGCAGCACUGGGGCGGAAAAUUUACAAUCAUUUACAUGAAAGUUGCGAUUCAAAAUGGAUUGCUUUUAAUUCAACAGAUUCUGCUGGUAUGCUCCUGAAGUUGGAAGUAAUGGGCUACGCCCGCGGUUUGAAAGUGGCCCUAGAUCAGAAGCUGUUUGGUCAACAUGUUGCCUCCAGAGUCGUCCAGAAAGCUGUAACGGGUUUCAUGAACAAUAAAAACCCUAAAAAGCCCCUGGUGCUCUCUCUACAUGGCUGGACUGGCACAGGGAAGAACUUAGUCAGCCAGUUGAUAGCUGAAAACAUCUACAAGGAGGGCAUGGCCAGCAGUUUCGUCCAUCAGUUUGUGACUUCUACUCACUUCCUUCAUUCGAGUCAGCUUGAGAACUACAAGUCUCAGCUGCAGCAGUGGAUCAAAGGCAACGUCACCAACUGCCCACGUUCCAUGUUCAUCUUUGACGAGAUGGACAAGAUGCACCCUGGCCUGAUCGACUGUAUAAAGCCCUACCUGGAAUACUACGAAAAUCUGGACGGGGUCUCCUACCGCCAAGCCAUCUUCAUCUUCCUCAGCAACGCUGGAGGAGAGCAAAUCACGCAGGUGGCCCUGGACUUCUGGAAAGCAGGUCGAGACCGAGAGGAGAUAAAAUUGCAACACUUAGAACCAGCUCUCUCCCUGUCCGUGUUCAACAACAAGAAGAGUGGGUUGUGGCACUCUAGUCUGAUAGACAGGAGCCUAGUUGACUUCUUUGUCCCCUUCCUGCCUCUGGAGUGCAGACACGUGCUGCUGUGUGGCAUGGCAGAGAUGUCUGCCAAGGGCCUGAAGCCCAACCAGGACGUGGUCAACCAGAUGGCCAGAGAAUUGGUCUAUUUCCCCAAGAGCGAGAAGAUCUUCUCCGUCAAUGGCUGCAAGACCAUCGGCGGCAAGCUAGAUUACUACACGUAGUGUGUGUUUGAGAUCAACUACGUUUCUACUGGCAGCUGCAGACUGACUGAUCUAAUCGUAAUGAGUAGUAAUUUAGGAUGAAAGGUGGUUUGUAGGUCUGAUCAGUCAGUCUUCCGUUGCUGACGGAAAUGUAGACUAUCUCAGAUGAAACAGCUACUGUAUCUAUCUACCUCCUACUCUACUGUGUGCACUUUCUUAAUGAGAACAUCUCUGCCAGUCAGAGUGAGGAACUCUGACUGAUGACCCGCCCCUCAGGUCUCCCAACGUCAACACAACCAUGUGGAGGACAUCAACGGUAUUGCUCUGAUGGUGUCACUUCUCCCUGAAGAUGUACUACUGAGAGAGAGGAGGAUGAAUUUAGAGAGAUAAAAAAAAUAUAUUUUAAAAACAGUGAGGCGAAACACUACUUUUUAACCAAUCAAGGUGCUUGAUCCUGACUUGUAUAUUCUGUAAAUGAGUAUCGCCAAAUAAUGACUUUCUUUUUCAUGGAAAUCUGCUGCACAUGAAAUGUGCAAUCGAAAACAAGUUGUGUAUUAGAAACAAAUGUUGUUUUAAAGUUACAAUCGCUAAUACAUUUUUCAGCCAAACGGCAGCCCUGCCACUUGGUUUGCUAUCAAUCUGAGGGAUACUGGGACCGGAAAAAUGUCACCACUCUCUAAAUGACAGAUGGAGCUAUAGAUGCAAGGACUCACAUUCCAUGAGAUCAACGUGAUGGUUAUAUUCUUCAAGAAUCAAUUGGUGCAUAUCGUUAAUUGAAAUAAGAAUUGGCCAGCUGUAACUAAUGAAGCUUGCCCCUUUAAUUGUCAUUGAAAACGUAGCACUGAAGUAUUGUGCAUUUGUGGCGCACUGGAUACCCAUUGUGUAUUUUGUAUCUAUUGUCAAUACCCAGUUUACCAGUACCUAAACAUAGGAAAAAUCUGCCUUAAAAUCAAUUUUGCCUUUGUUUUUAAUCCUUACUCAUUCACCAGAAACAUUGUGUGCAUUUCAAAUUCUGCUUUAAGUUUAUAUUUGUGGGUAUACAAGUAUUUUGUUUUCAGUCUACCAAUUACAUUUUUUUCAGGGUUGAUCCAGAUUUGUCCUAAAUCAUUUAUUUGAGUAAAUAAUUUAAUUGAGUAGUCCAACAGUCCAUCUUGAUUAAAUGUCUGCAACAAAAUAAAUCCAAUUGUAAUUUGUUUUAAUGUAACUUAACCACAGUGAAAAAAUGUUAUGCUUUAUGUGCAACUGUAUACUGUGCCUUAGUUGGCAUAGGGUUCUCGGUCUAAAUGCACAAAAUAAUUACAGGAAGGAAGGUUCCAAAUUGUUCAUUAAAAUGUUUUUACAUGGGAAAAA